CUCCCGUUAAAUCCGAGCUCCCGGAGAAGCCGGGCCUUGCAGGAGCCACCCCGGUGGUUUAUGAGCUCCAGGUGCUGCAGCGGAGCCGCGCAGGAGGGGGGACGAGCCGCUGCAGCCCAGAUUCUUAUUCCGCUGGAGACUGGAUUGAAGACGGGGUCUGAGGUCCCUGGUGGAGGAAGGAGGAGAGGAGGAGGAGGAGGAGAAGGAGGAGGUUUCCCUUGGCCUCUAAGCUGUGAAACCGGAAAACCAAAGCAUGUCCCAGGUCAUAGAAUCCCACGUGUUGCGUGUUGGACAGACUGUGUGUAUUUCCUCGCCGGAGGAAAGCAAGAGCCUGCACCCGGCGGGGUACCCGGGCUGCUCGGCACUGCCGGCCAAGUACGUCUACUACUCCACCGAGGCCUGGACUGACCCCCCGUCCGUGCUGCACCCCAAGGCUCGCCUGUUCCCCAGCGGGAGGGCACACGGAGCCCAGCCCGUGCCAGAGCAGGCAGCUGCUCACACGGGGAAAGGCCAGCAGAAUUCCUCCUUGGAGAGACCCCCUGCCCCGUGCCAGCCGAAGGAGGAGGGGAGCACCAGCACGGACGCUGAGGCUCAGCCAGUGUCUCCCUCCCUGGAUAUAACCAUAGAGACUCUCAACCAGAUGAUCCUAGAGAUCGAUCCCACCUUCCAGCCACUGCCGUGCGGGCCGGUGAAGGAUGCAGCCCAGCCUGCUGCUCAGGGGGACGCUGCGGCCACCAAGAAGCAGGAGCCAGAGGCAAUAGACAUCAAGUACAUCGAGCUGACACCGGGCAGAGCCAUGGGGCCCGACCUGCCACAGGGCUCCCCCAGCCCUUCGGGCACCCCCUUCUCCAGGUCCCCUCAGAACAACAGCUUCCUGCCCCAAAAAGGGGCGCUCGGAGGCAAAUACAGCACCAGUGACAGCGUGGUUUUCUCCAGCCCACCCGGACCCCCAAGUCCCCAGUCGGGCACCCUGAGCUGCAGCAAAGCAUCCGAGAGCACCAGCACGGCCUGGCAGUGCCUGGCAGGACACACGGACACAGCCUCCCACAGCCCCGGGGCCCUCAGCACCUCCCCAGGUGCUGACAACCUGCUGAAGCCCGUGCAGGUGCUGAGGGCCCGGCAGAGGGGGAGCUGGGUGUCCCAGCUCUCCACCAGCCCUGGCUCUGACACCAGCUACAUCCUGGGCAGCAGCACCCACUCGCUCCACAACGAGGACUCGGAUGCUUCGGCCGCUGCCUCCCUGUCCCCCGCCAGCUCCCUGGGCAGCCCCUGCUCCCCUUCCUGUGCCAUCAUGUCUCACCCCAGGGAGGCUUUUGGCCAGAGCUCCCCCCAGCCCCGGGCAGGCAGCUCCCCCAGCUCCGUGGCCCAGAAGGGCCAAGCCAGCAGCUGCCCCCCCUCCAUCCUCACCUCCUCGGCCGACAUCCCGGUGCUGCUGGUGAACGGGUGCCUGGAACAAGGAGAUGGACCCCCACAACUGGCCAAAGCCCCCCCCAGCUCUGCCACGCAGCCCCCCCUGGCCAGCUGCAGCCCGGCCCCGAGGCUCGGUGGCCUGAACACCGCGCAGUCAGCGCCCGCGCUCAGCUGCCUCUCGGACAGUCCCCUGAAGGCUGGGCAGCCCACCAUGAAGUUUGUGAUGGACACAUCAAAAUACUGGUUCAAGCCAAGCAUCAGCAGGGACCGAGCAAUCCAGCUGCUGAGGGACAAGGAGCCGGGCACGUUCCUGGUGCGGGACAGCACCUCAUUCCGGGGCUCCUUCGGACUGGCCAUGAAGGUUCCUGGCUCUCCCUCCGGCAGCCAGACAGGUGAGGAGAGCAGUGACCUCGUCCGGCACUUCCUCAUCGAGUCCUCCACCAAAGGGGUUCACCUGAAGGGUGCCAGCGAGGAGCUGUAUUUUGGGAGCCUCUCUGCCUUCGUCUACCAGCACUCCAUCACCCCGCUGGCACUGCCCUGCAAGCUCAGCAUCCCCACCCGAGAUCUUGCUGAUGGAGAGGACAGCCCUGACUGCACUCCUGAACCUGCCCUGUCCCUGGCCAGGAAAACUGCAGUGUGCAACGUCCUGUACCUCAACUCGGUGAACGUGGAGACGCUGACAGGAGCCCCGGCCAUCCUGAAGGGCAUCUCCUGCACCCUGGAGCUGGAGACGCUGCCCACCCCCACCCUGGUGCACUUCAGGGUGACGGAGCAGGGCGUCACGCUGACCGACGUGCAGAGGAAGGUGUUCUUCAGGCGACACUACCCCUUGGCUGCCAUCAGGUUCUGUGGGAUGGACCCUGAGAACAGAAAGUGGCAGAAGUACUGCAAGUCCUCCAGAAUCUUUGGGUUCGUGGCCAAAAGCCAGACAGACUCGGAGAACCUCUGUCACCUGUUUGCGGAGUACGACACCGUGCAGCCUGUGUCCCUUGUCAUCGACCUGCUCCGCCAGCUCCUGCCCAGCCUGUAGGGACAGAGCCCUGGGAUGCUGAGGGCCAGCAGCUGCUCACACUCUGCUGAGCUUCUUCUGCUCCCCUUCUCCUGCUUCUGGGUUGCAUUUUGGCAACAGCGUGUAUUUAGACUUUUUUGUUAUGCACCGUCACAUCGGGAGCCUCAGCUGAAGACUUUCAGCUCUGGUGGGAUGAGAUGCUCCUCUGAGCCUCUCCAUGGGGCACUGGCUGCCCUGGGGAAGGGAUGGGAGCUGUGCUCUCUAUGGAACCACUGUCCCUCAGCUGGACCAUCUGCUUUGAAGGACCACAGUGCUCUGGCUGGGAUUUCUGCCAGCCGUGAGGUCCCCUGUUCUUGGGGUGUCUGGGCUGAGGGAGCUCAUGGAGCUGAACUGAGCUGAGCUUCCACCAUUGGGGACUCAGCCCUGACACCCCAGUGCUGCCUGAGGGAAAAUCUGGGGGAGGAAUCAUCCCCUGAGCAGCACAAAGAUCAGCUUUGCAAUCAAAGUGUAUAAAAUGACUAAGUCCAACUGGAAACCUGCCUCCCUCAAGGAGCAAGCAGCAUCCACAGGCGGGAAUGACAGAGCAGCGCAUUUUUCCUGGUGCUGGGAAAUUCUCCUGCCCUUUUACGCAGUGCGGGGUUGCGGGCAGGGCUCGACCUCCCAGCAUUGCCGAGAGCUGGGAAAUAAAUGGUGACAUUUUCAUGACAGUGAAACAUCGGGUUUUUGGAAAUGACUUGCCUGAAUUUGGGCCGGAUUCUCAGAUGACGUAAAUUGGCAGGGCCGUGAGGAAGACAGUGCUGCCGUGAUCUGCAGCAGCUGAAGGGUCAGCUUGAGCUGUAGCUCAGAGCAGAAAGCAGCUCUGAAGCCACCAUGAUUUUCUCUACCUUAGUUCUCAUUUGGUGCCUCUGCAUUGAUUUAAUUUCGGCCCCCCUGUUAACAAACCCUCCCAGGGGUAUUUCCAACAGAGCAGUAGAACAUUUAUCCUGCCACAGGCACCACAGGGAUGGAGCAACGGAGACACUCAGCUCCAGAGCAGCAGAGCAGAUGCGCCCAGGGCAGAGUCCCUCUGCUGUGGAGUGGGCCCAGCUGCAGCCACACUUGGCAAUGACCAAAACAGAUAUUGGGGUCACUGCGGGGGGAGCACAUGGGGCUCUGAGAGGAGACAGGAGCAGCUUUGUCACCCCAGUCCCUCUGCCCUGAGCUCUGCUCAGCCACACCCCAGCACUGCAGGGUGGGCUCGGGAGCUGCUGCCUGAGGGAUCCAGGUGCCUCUGCUGUCCCCAUCGUGCUGCUGGGACCAGGAGGUUGCAGCUCCCCAAGGUCACAGGCAACUUGGGCUGUGGGACUCCAGCCCUGAGACCCUGGGGCAGCCCCAGGACUCCCAGAGCAAGACUCUGUUGUUACCGUGUUGCUGGUCAGGAUCAGCAACUGGGAAUGAGGCCAGGCAAAGUCUUUGGCUCCACACGGUGCUUUGGGGGGUCGUGCUGCCCCCCCAAGCCCGGCUAGCCCUGGUAGCCAUCAGCACAGGGCCAGGGCGUGGGGCUGGGCUCUGGGAGCACUGGCGUUGGCCCUGCGGCAGUGGCCCCUCUGCCGUGCCAGCAGAUUUCUGGGCUGUCUGUAUUGGCUGCAGCCACCUUUGGCCCUGGCCCGGUGGGGUUUGCACAGCGCCAGCACCGGCGGCUGCCCGGCUCUGGUACCCGGAGCAUCGGGCUGGUGCCAGCUCCAGAUGACACUGCCGGCCUUUGGAGCCACCAAAGAGGGACUUGGUGAACUCCUGGCCCGUGACCGCGGGCAGCACCGGCUGCAGACACUGGGACAGAGCCAAACCGUGACCGGGAAGUGUGCGGCUGUCGCAAUUCCUGUGCCUGGGCAUCUCCCAUCUGCAUCCUGACCCUCCCAAAACCCCGGGCAGAGCUGGAGAUGCCCGGUGCACCCUGGCACCAGCAGGCACCUGCACGUUUGCCUCGGGCUGCGGCUCGUCAAGGCCAGCAGCACUGCCUGGCCGUGAGCCCGUGUCCCUGGAGCAGCUGGUGCCUGUCCCUGUCUGUCCCUGAACUUUGAAGCCGGUCCAGGGUCCCCUCCCCAGCCUGGCGCCGUCUCCGGCCCCGCCGCUGCUCCGUGGCGCUGUGUAAGGGUGAUGGUGAUGGUGACAAUCUUCCCGGUGGCACCGGUGGAGACGCUGAGCCAGAAGUCAUGAGGAAGAAAGAAAUUUUUUCCCACCCCAUCCCUGCGCAGUGAAGUUCUUCCAGAGGCUUGUGAGCUCCUGCAUUUCCAGCUGCUGAGUCCCAAACCCAACACAGGACCAGGAGAGCAGCUCCUUGGGCAGAGGUGGUGACCAAACCUGUCCCCACACCAGUGGAAUCCACAGCCCCCUCUUUCCUGCUCUGUCUCCCUCCUCUCCCACAAUUGAAAGCCAUAAAAGAUAAAACACACUCAAUAGAAACACAUCAAAUAACGGGAAAUUAAAUACAGUAAUUACCUUUUUUGAGGAUACAAAGGUUCAAGUGUACUGCAAAAGGUCGGUGCUACACAGGAAUCUGAUGGGACGGGCUUGGCCCGGGAGGGACGGACAGGGACCCCUUGGGCUCCAGGGGACAUGCUGGGGGUGGGGGACACUGGUACAUGGUCGUGUGUAAAUACAGCCCUAAACUACAGGAGAGACGCUACGAGACGCUGGAGCCCUCGGAGCGGGACACAGAAUGUGCCCUGGUGCAUCAGGAACCCCCAAACCAGGAAAGGCCCUGCUGGACCCGCCCUGGGGUACACGGGGAGUGGCCGAGGCCACGGGGCUGGCACUGCCACUGCCCUGUGUCCUGCUGUGGUGCUGCCACAGGGGACUGGCACUGGGACUGGCCCCAGGAAUCCCUUCCUUGGUGCGGUGGCUCCGAGGGGUGGCAGAGGCAGGGA